AUGUCCGCGCGGUACCAGAAGACGUUCACUAUCCCCGAGGGAUUUCCCCAACUUCUCAAGGCUUUCACGCGCGAGAUCCUUCGCAACCAGCCCGACAACAUAUACGAGUUCGGCGCCAAGUACUUCGAGGAUCUCAUCGAGGAGAACAAGCGCGCGGCGGAGCGCGAGUCCUCCCCUGAAGUUGCGGCUGAUGAGGGUGGCGGUGUGGAGGCGGGUUGGUGGAACAUGGGCGACGAGGAGCUCCAGGACUUCAUCAUGGAUAGGUUCAUGGAGUACGACGACGAUCAGGACGGGUACCUGGACCGCCACGAGUUCAAAACGCUGCUGAUGAGCACAGAUCUCGGCCUGUCACCCAAGGACGUGAGGAGGAUCAUGUCCGAGGCUGACGAAAACGAGGACGGCGUCCUGGAGUACCGCGAGUUCGUCCCAAUCAUGGUUGAGCUCAUCCACAGCAUCAAGGCCAAGGAGGACGCGAAGGCGGCCGCGGAAGAAGACGAGGAUGAGGCGCGCGAGGCUGUGGAGAUGCAUCUUCUUCACGGUAUUCCCCGAGAGCAGCUCGAGCAGAUGAUGUUUUCGGUGUUCAACGCCGCCGACACUGACGGGUCAGGCGCUCUUGACCGCAAGGAGUUCGCCAGGUGCCUCAAGUCCGCCGAGCUCGGGCUCACGCGCAAGGAGAUUAAUCUUCUGUUGAGCGAGGUUGACGCGGACGGCGACGGCAUGGUGACCUACGACGAAUUUGUGCCCCUCUGCUUCAACAUCCUGGUGGAGCGAUUCAAGGAUGACGUCCUCGCCGAGCAGGCGCUCAACUCAUACGACGAUCUCACCCAGACCCUCCUGGAAGAGUUCCAGACCGUUGACGAGGAUGACAACGCCGGCGCGGCUACGGGUAGGCUCAAGUUCAGGAGGAUCAGGCACGUGCUCGACGCCAUGAGCGAGGAGAUGCUCGGUUUGAGCCGGCUGCAGAUUGCGUCCAUCAUGUCCGAGGCCAAGGUUGACGAGGAGACCGAGGAGGUGGAGUACGCCACGUUCGCAGCGACCGCCGCGAGGAUGAUCUAUUCCAUGAUCGACCUCUCUGCGCAGGCGGUGCGUGUGGACGCCGUGGCCAAGGUUGCGGAGACGGAGGGGGCGGAGUUUUUGAACAUUCUGGACGAGGAGACCAUCAAGGACGUCCUCGCCGAGGCGUUCGAAGAGGCAGACAAGGACGGCAACGGGGUGCUGGACGUGAACGAGGUGCAACACGUGCUCAAGUCACUGGGCGUCGGUCAGCUCGCGCUCAAACCGGGCGAGAUCAACGCCAUGAUUGCCGCCAUCGAUGCCGACGAGGACGGCACCGUCAACUACACCGAGCUCGUGGACUUCCUCUUUGACGUCCUCAACCACCUGGAGCGCGAGCGGUGGAUCAAGGCGAACGCGUUCAGCGACUGGUACGAUGUAUCCGACGACGGGGUCGGCGAGGAAGACUGA